UAACUCAUAAUGAACAAGCAAGGCGAUAGAGAGAGAGAAGAAAAAACAGAGUGUAAGAGCUAGACUUACAGUGGACAAGGGCUCUAAAUGGCUGACAGGGGGGAUGAUGGUUGUAUUUUCUACUUCCAGACAUGGCGGUUCCUGGUGCUGACUCGUUGAUUGAGACCUGAAGAUUCCCCUUCAUUUCCCAUUCCAAGGCUUGGGGACUUGCGUACCUGGAUCUCGUACUUGGUACAUUUGAGACUCACCCCUACUCUAACAUACCCCUACAAGCUUCAGUCAAAUUCAAUCAGUUCAGUUCAGUCCAGUUCCAAUCUAUUUGCUGACCCCUCCCGUAAGUUACAUACCGCAUCGACCGUAGCGUAGUUAGCGGGAGUGCCAAUCCAUAUCUUUAUUAAUGAACCACCCUGCUCCCCCCAUAACAUGAGCAUCAUACUACUUCUUAUCAUCCAUCGACAAGCUUCAGUAUAACUAUACCAAGCACCCCCGUCACAUCCAUUCUUGAUCCCUCAUACUCAUACAUCUUACCCUCACAUAUAGUCAGUUGACUGCUUGUGUAUCGUGGACGUUCCAAGAUCCUAUCAUAUCACCACCCACACGUUUUCUAUACAAGCUUGAGAUUGGCCCCCUUCAGGCUUGAGCAACCACAACGGAUUAUCCGACGAUCGACACCUAGUAACUACAUCUUACAUUGCAGCUUGCAUUUACGAUACACUGCACCGGCAAAAGGUCACAAGAAUAUUUAUACACUGGACGACUCGACUCUCAGUGUUCGCGACGACACUAUAACCGCGACCCCAUCUUAUACAUCCUCCUCCCAAUUACUACAUAAUCGCUUCGAUGGUCUCGUCAUUAGACGUGAGACCCCAUUUCUUCUCCGGGCACAACCGAUCAACAUCAGUAUCGAGCAUCAGUAGCACACCAGCUUCAUAUUCAACAAGUUCAGCAUCAAAAAUGGCCUCCCCCGGCGCACAAUCAUAUACCCUUGCUCUUCAGAAGUACAUGCUUCUGACAGAGCAACACCAAGAACUAUGCGAUCGCCUCGACCAGAUCCGACCCGAGUUCAACAUGUCAAGCUGUUCCCACUAUUCCUCACCAUCCACAUCGCCAACCCGAUCCUCCUCAUCCCUCUCGCUCCCGCCCUCACCGAAGCGCCACUCCCGGAGCGGACGACACCACUCGCGCUCCCACGCCCGCUGCAGCGGCUGGGAAGACCGCAAUGAACUCACUACAAUUCCCGAUGAGGAGACCAUCUACGAGAUUUCAGCAGAAGAGCAGCGCCUCUCGGAGGUCAACGAGAGCAUCAAGCGCACUUUGACAGAGCUUCUCAACUGCAGCAGUGUUCGCGCCGAUCGGGCGUUUAGAACAUGGGUGCAGACAAGACUCAUGGAGACCGAGAAAGAGCUUCGUAGCGGACGAAGGCGACGAAGCUCUGGAAACGAGUAAAACUGAAAAUAUUUACUCGUAUACUUUUCGCCAUCACAUCAUGCCGACACAUACUCGCGCAAUGUCAAUGGUUGACUUAUGCGGUGGCAAACAUACGCCCCCCCUCCAACACAACAAAACUUGGCAUUAAUUCUAAUACCUCUCUUGUGUUUUUAUCUGCAUUGGCGAAGGCGUUUACGGUCUCAACUCGAGCUGGGAAGAGAAGGGAAAAGCUCACAACUUACACAUUCUGGGCAAUAUCGGACUAGGGAAAUACUACAAGCAUGCUUUGCGAAAAAGCGACUUUUGGGGGUUUAUUCUAUUCGUCUUUGUUUCUUCCCCAUACCCACUUCACUUACACACACAAUAUUCGCUUCUUGUCUAUUACUUCAUUUUUAGGUUCUACAGAACCAACCUGCACAUCGUGGGAUCCGCUCUCCGUGGCUUUCCUUAUUUUUAACCUUUCAUUUACAUUCUUGCGAAAGCCACGCUGGAUCUCGGAGGCAUGAAAAAACGCCACAAGUUUAUUACCGUCAUGAAGAUCUCUCGAGGAGGAGUUGGUCUUUUGUUAGCGAUAGCAUCAAACAGUGUAAAUGAAUGCAAUCUCGCAAAACAGCCUUAUCAAUCCAAUCUUCCAUGUCUGUGAAGUGAAUGCAUUCCCGGGUAUCAUCACCCGGUCUACCACAUAAAACUCCAAGAAUGCUAUGACCCCAACAUGCAAAACAUCCAAUUACACUUGUCUACCCCGAACUUCUCCCUCUCCCCCAAAUGCAGGUUCGGCCGGCCCCGCUCGCUGUUAUUGGAAUUGCAAAAAAUAGAUAGCGAGAAAAACACGCGUCUUACCCACAAAGAUCGUCCUUUUGAGUCCUCCCCUGCUGCAUCAAAAACCCGUUGGGGGAAAUGAAGAUCAUCUCUUGCACACUCGCUAACCCAAGAAUUGUUUAACUAAUUAAGCGCCCGGGCGCUUCUUUUACGAUAACGGUUCUGCGCUAAGAAUGUCUCUGAUAUGAGCUACCAGUGCACUUGGGCUUAAUCGAUCACGAUCGGGGAGUUCAAGUUUUUUUGCCACUGCGUACACCGCUAAUGCGGUCUGGGCCUGAGGAUCGACGAAGGUUGUGCAUACCGAGAGGUGAAUGAUGUUGAGUGUAGGUUUUUCGAUAUCUCGCGGCUGAAGACGAAGCGGAUGCUAUGAUGCUGUAGGGUGGCCUGGGCGGUUUGGUUCUAGUGAUUGUUACAUCACUGAAUAAGGAACAGCCUCUGAGCUUUGACUGAUGGUUGAGCAGUUGCUCCGGGUGAACAGUCAUUGCUGAAGGCGAAGCAGGGUCAUCAUUAUGGGGAAACCAUGUCAUUCCCGUCUUAUCAAGCAGGAUAACCAUGAUCCUUCACGUCCACUUUGAGCCUCGAAGAACGUUACCCGGAAGUCUUACCCUAGCGCUCCCGUGGAUGACUUUCUACGCGGUUCACCGAGACGUCACCUCAGAUCACGGAUGGGAAUCCGUUGUCGAUCAUCACAGCGAAACGACAACGCUCCUCCAACGGUGUUUCAUCAAACAACCACGACAUUUCUUAUCACAUAUCUGAUAGGGCACAUAUGAUGCUUCAUCCCGGACUGUCAAACGCAGAGCCUUGUCACGAUAUGACGUAAACAGGUCAAGUGUGCGGGAACAUCGAGAUCGGGAUAGCUUCACCUUCCAGAAACAGAGAGUCUCACCUAGAAACAGGAAUCCCUGCCGGUCAUGGGGUUUGACAGUCGGCGAUCCGGACAUUUUGCUCCAUGUAUACGCCCCCUUGGCACUCCAUUCUACAUAUCGUCAGAACAAGAGCUAGGGGGAAUAAAACACAAGACUGGAUUUUGUGGUAUAUCUGUGGAUUUUGGUGUAAGCCAGUCUCACGUAUUUUUCCCCCUUGAGGAAAAGAGGAAAACUUUUCUGUUCAAAAGGUAAGGGUUCUUGUUAAAACGUCAUUUUAGCGGUUCUUGUGGGUUGGGUAAAACAAGGAUAAGGAUUAAAGCUGAGAGCCGUUUCUUGGAGUUUGGUCCACUUGCAGACUUGAUAGGUAGAGAGUAUCGGUAGUUGAGCCUGCUAGGCUUGCUAGACUUGUUGAAGAUUGUUGACUGUAGGGGGUUCUUUGACCCUGUGAAAGGCGCACGGUAUAUUAUACUGGUCGGGGAGACUGUGAGACUCUCACGAAAGAAAUGCUCAGCUAUACAGAGCCCCUCAAGAUGCGAAUUGUUCAGUAAGUUAGGAACAUCUAGGUGGAAUAUCUUGAGCAUCAUUGAAGCGAGAGGGCAGACGUCGGAUGCCAGGCCCUGAGUGGUAUAGGAACACAUCAUAUAAGACCAGAUAUAAACUACUGAGAAAAAUAAUCUCGUUAUACCUCUUAUGAGGGGAUAUGGCAUACCGACAAUGAGAUGCUGUUCUGGUG